AUGCAUCUUACAACCACAACUAUGACUGGAAUGAAGCACACCACGCAAGCGCUAUCGAACGCCUGCGACGGGCAACCAAUUCGAUGGCAAAUUCGGCGCGCCAGGCGCGCCCGCAAGGCUCUCGAGGGCCACCCCCCGACACGCGAGCCCACGAGGCUGAGGGGCGACGAGGCCACGAACGACCUGCAACCCGCUUUCAACCUGCCAGGGACUGAGGGCGACCGCAGGCAGCCGAGUCGACCUCGGAAGGCUUCGGCGCACACCAAUGGCCACGGCGCGACACUGGAGGCCACGGGCAGAAGGGCAGCGGAGUUUGAGCUCUGA